CCCAGGCGGGGAGGGCGGUCCCCUCAGAGCGCUGGCUCGCUGGCUCGCUGGCUGGAGCGGGUCCGGGUCCGCGGGAGCGCCGCGCCCUCCUGGUCCGAGAGGACAGCGCUGUGCGGCAGGCGAUGAGCGGCGCCGGGGAACAGGCCCCGGAGGCCGGCGCCGGCCAGACCGGGGGCCGCCCGGCGCCCGAGCCGCCGGUCGGCGCGCUGAGCGUGGACGUGCCGGGGCUGCUGGCGCAGCUGGCGCGCAGCUUCGCGCUGCUGCUGCCGGUGUACGCGCUCGGCUACCUGGGGCUGAGCUUCAGCUGGGUGCUGCUGGCGCUCGGGCUGCUCGCCUGGUGCCGCCGGAGCCGCGGCCUCAAGGCCAGCCGCCUGUGCCGCGCGCUGGCGCUGCUGGAGGACGAGGAGCGCGUCGUGCGCCUGGGGGUGCGCGCCUGCGACCUGCCGGCCUGGGUUCAUUUUCCAGACACUGAAAGAGCAGAAUGGCUAAAUAAGACUGUAAAGCACAUGUGGCCUUUUAUUUGCCAAUUUGUAGAGAAGCUUUUUCGAGAAACCAUAGAGCCAGCUGUGCGGGGAGCCAACACCCACCUCAGCACCUUCAGUUUUACCAAGGUGGACGUGGGCCAGCAGCCCCUUAGGGUCAAUGGUGUUAAGGUGUAUACUGAAAAUGUAGACAAAAGGCAAAUUAUUCUGGACCUUCAGAUUAGUUUUGUAGGAAAUUGUGAGAUUGAUUUGGAGAUCAAACGAUAUUUUUGUAGAGCUGGCGUGAAAAGUAUACAGAUCCAUGGCACAAUGCGGGUGAUACUGGAGCCUCUGAUUGGAGACAUGCCUUUAGUCGGAGCUUUAUCCAUCUUCUUCCUUAGGAAACCACUGUUAGAGAUUAACUGGACAGGACUGACCAACCUCCUGGACAUCCCUGGAUUGAAUGGCUUAUCUGAUACUAUCAUUUUGGAUAUAAUAUCAAACUACCUGGUGCUUCCCAAUCGCAUCACUGUUCCUCUCGUCAGCGAAGUUCAAAUAGCCCAGUUGCGGUUUCCUGUACCAAAGGGUGUCCUAAGGAUACAUUUCAUCGAAGCUCAGGAUCUUCAGGGGAAAGACACUUAUCUUAAGGGCCUUGUCAAGGGGAAGUCAGACCCUUAUGGAAUUAUCCGAGUGGGCAACCAAAUCUUCCAGAGCAAGGUCAUCAAAGAGAACCUGAGUCCAAAGUGGAACGAGGUGUACGAGGCUUUGGUCUACGAGCACCCCGGACAGGAGCUGGAGAUCGAGCUCUUUGAUGAAGACCCAGACAAGGAUGACUUCUUGGGAAGUCUUAUGAUUGAUCUUAUUGAAGUUGAGAAGGAGCGCCUCUUGGAUGAAUGGUUCACUCUGGACGAGGUUCCCAGAGGGAAGUUGCACUUGAAGCUGGAGUGGCUCACCCUGAUGCCAGAUGCCUCGAACCUUGACAAGGUCCUGAUGGACAUCAGAGCUGACAAAGACCAAGCCAAUGAUGGCCUUUCUUCUGCACUGCUAAUUUUGUACUUGGACUCAGCGCGGAACCUUCCGAGUAUCUUCGAGGGAAACUUUGGGUGUGGCUACUUAAAAGAGAGGCGAGCGUCGGGACUAGUGUUUUGUGAGAAUACUACCUCAGUCUAUAGAGCACUAUUUUCAGGGAAGAAAAUGAACAGCAGCCCAAACCCUCUCGUCCAAAUGUCGGUUGGCCACAAGGCUCGGGAGAGUAAGAUUCGGUACAAAACCAGCGAGCCCGUGUGGGAGGAAAACUUCACUUUCUUCGUUCACAACCCUAAGCGCCAAGACCUUGAAGUUGAGGUCAAGGACGAGCAGCACCAGUGUUCUCUGGGGAGCCUGCGGGUCCCGCUCAGCCAGCUGCUCGCCAGCGACGACAUGGCCAUGAACCAGCGGUUCCACCUCAGCAACUCAGGCCCAAACAGCACCUUGAAGAUGAAGCUCGCCCUCAGGGUGCUCCAUCUUGAAAAACAGGAGAGGCCUGCAGACCACCAACACUCGGCUCAAGUGAAACGACCCUCCGUGUCCAAAGAAGGAAGGAAAAUGCCCGUCAAGUCUCCAGUGUCUGCGUCUCCAGGCACCAGUGGCAGCAGCACGGCCCCCUCCACACCAGUCACUGGGGGUGGUGAUAGGCCUGGUGUGGAAGAGAAGGCCCAGCCCCCUGAGGCCGGCCCCGCAGCCCAGCGCGAGCUGGACAGGAGCUCCUCCAGCCUCCUGGCCUCUCCAAGUCACGCCUCCGUCAAAGAGCCCACCCCCAGCAUCGCCUCAGACGUGUCGCUGCCCAUCGCCACCCAGGAGCUGCGGCAAAGGCUGAGACAGCUCGAAAAUGGGACGACCCUGGGGCAGUCUCCGCUGGGGCAGAUCCAGCUGACCAUCCGGCACAGCUCCCAGAGGAACAGGCUCAUCGUGGUGGUCCACUCCUGCAGAAAUCUGAUUGCCUUCUCGGAAGAUGGCUCGGAUCCAUAUGUCCGCAUGUACUUACUGCCAGACAAGAGGAGGUCAGGAAGGAGAAAAACACACGUGUCGAAGAAGACAUUAAACCCAGUGUUCGAUCAGAGCUUCGACUUCAGCGUGUCACUCCCUGAGGUGCAGAGGAGAACCCUGGAUGUGGCGGUGAAGAACAGUGGCGGCUUCCUGUCCAAAGAUAAAGGACUUCUUGGCAAAGUGCUGGUUGCUUUGGCAUCUGAAGAGCUCACCAAGGGCUGGACCCAGUGGUACGACCUCACGGAGGAUGGGGCGAGACCCCAGCUAGUGACGUAGCCACGUAGGACGUGAGGGCGUCCUGGGGCCUGCUGCCUGCGCCCGAUUGCACCCUCCAGAUGUACCCAUGCUAUUUUUAUAAUGUCAUAUCCUUAGUUAUGCCCACCUUGAUGAUUUUAUAAAGCCGUUGACAUUUCAGGCAAACUCGGCCACUGUGGUCGUUCAGUUUGUGUUGGGUCCCUGCAGUGCUUCACCUGCUGCUCCUGGCACAGCUGAACCUGCGGCGCUGCUGCCUGGGUGUCACCCCGAGGGGCCCUGGCCAUGUACAUAGACUGUUUUUUAUGAUCUCUGUGUGCUGACUUGGAUUCAGAAGAAAGUGGAUCAGGAAAUACAUAUUUUUCUUCUAGAACUUGUUAGAUUCUUGUGACAAAUAAUCAUUUUCAUCUUUGCAGCAGAAAGUUCCCAGUGACCUGUUUUGUGGUGUUUCUUUUUAAAAGGAAAAUUUAGAAAGAUCAUCAGAUAUUAGUAUAUUUCUGCCCAUUACAAACGACAGAAGAAAGUAUUCAGAAUAUUAGCAUUUUCAUAAAUACAAAGAUCACUCUUGAGAAGUCAAGAGGAGGCUGGUGAGGAAGGCGUGUGCCCGAGUGAGGUAAACGAGGGGGAGCCACGUGGCUAAUCCAAGACGCCUUACGUUAAGAGAGACGGCUGUGUGCCUGCUUAUCGCAACUGGCUCAUGCAGCAGUGCAGACAAGCACCUUAGACUUUCCUGAAAGUGAAAGCUGCUGUCCCAAGGUCAGGAGCCAGGCUGCGAGUGCCGUUGUCAGGUUGUGAGGGACAUCAGGACAAGCAGGCAGCUGUUGCUGAGACCUGAUGGCUGGCCCGUUCACGUGCUGGUGGACUUAGAUCCCAGCUUUGCCGCUCGGCCAGCACACAGGGCCCCCGGUACCCGGGGAGCCCUCCCACUGCCAGCACAAUGGCUGUGAGUCCCAGCAGCUCCUGGGGCUCCUCCUUUAUGCCAUUGCUGACCUGAGUAGUGGGGUGUGGUCAUGCAGCCCUUAUUUGGGGCUUUCUCUCUGGUAGACUAGCAGAGCGUGUUGGUAGACUUGCAUCCCCAGACUCGCUCCCCAGCCAGGCUGUGUGCAGCGAGCCACGCAUGCCUGCCAUGGGCGCACCUGUGCAGAAGGACUGCUCGUCUGUUCCCGGCAGCAGGACGGAGGGCUGCCCUGGGCGGAGAUCACAGCACUGCCAUGGAUGGGCACGGAGCUCGCAGUGGCUUCCUGGAGCUGGGCAGCCCGUGGGAGCUCACUCGACCAGAUGCACCAAAGUGCCUGUGGCUGACGCCAACUGUUACCAGCUCCUCCCGCCCAGCAGACGGACUGUUCCGUGUGUGACGCACUCUCUACUCCUCGGUUUACGUGCAGUGGAGUCUGCUGCUUCCGCUCACAGUGCACCCAUCGUAAAGACCAGUGUGAUCUCACUGCCGCCUGUCUGCUGACGCUCUUCCCUGAAGCCUGUCAGUCACGUCCAGUUGCUGUUCAGGACUGAUUGUGCUGGCAAGAAGUGAAUGCACGUGUCACACACGUGACCUAGAUGCACACAAAACAUUUAAUUGUGGUAUUUUAGUAGCCAGAGAGCAGUAAAAUCUUAUUAAAUCUAGUUGCUUAUUCAUGGUAUUUAGGUGUUUUUUGAAGGUUUUUUUGUUUUUAUUUCGUUUUGUUGAAAAAUUAGGUCUAUUGAAGAGCUUCUGUUAUGCUCUGUGAAGGAAAAGAAGCAUCCUGAGUUUCCACCAUCACCCUACGCACCUGGGUUUUGCGCCCACAUGCUGCUUCUGGUCAGUGUUUUACUUAGUGGAAUGCUUUACCCAAGCAACCAGGCAAGGUAACUGCAGGGAAGGGUGGGAAGCGGGAGGAGGCCAGGUGAGCACAGGAGGCACUACCCUGGGCUGUGGUGGGGCAGGGAGAGCUGUCAGCAGGCCUUGGGUCCAGGGCUCCCACGGCAAGUCUGAAGACCUCUAGGAGUAUCUCAGUUCUCUUUGAAAGGAAGAAGGGGCCGGGCGCGGUGGCGUGUGCCUGUAGUCCCAGCUACUCGGGAGGCUGAGGCAGGAGGAUCGCUUGAGCCCAGGAGUUUUGGGCUGUAGUGCGCUAUGCCAAUCGGGUGUCCGCACUAAGUUCGGCAUCAAUAUGGUGACCUCCCGGGAGCGGGGAGCCACCAGGUUGCCUAAGGAGGGGUGAACCGGCCCAGGUCGGAAAGGAAGAAGGGGCUGGGCUGUAGCUCAGGGGGAGAGCUUACCCAGCAUGUGGCUCCAUCCCCAGCACCAGGGAAGAGGAGAGGGAAGACCCAGGGCAGUAGCGCCUCCCAGACAGGGUUCUGCGCAGCAGCGAGGACGGUGUCUCGGCACCCCAGGAUCCUGAUGAGGAAAGGUGCCUGAGUUGUUCCCAGAGUGUAAGCUUUGGGUUUUUAAUAAUUGAUUUGUCUGGGAAAAGGGAACUUUUACUUUACUAUUUGAGCCAAACCAGUGGAGGGGAAUUCGCUCAGAUGAAUUUGAAGUGCAGUCCGCUGGCUUGUGUACGCAGCUUGCCCAUCCCCUGCCUUAACGGAGAAGAUGGUGUUCACAAGUGCCGGCCUGAGGCAGGGGCGUCUUGGAGCUGGUCCACCAGUUUAUGUUCUGCACUCCGGGAUUCCUUCCACGGACACUGCCCCGGCCUGAGGCAGGUGCACACAGAGGGGAGCUGUGUGUUCAUCCUUGGGCUGCUGCAGAACUCUGCAUCCAGCUGGGUGGGCCACUCCCAGUGGAAGGUGGCAGAGGGCUUUUCAAAGCAUAGAAUGUCCUUUUUGCUUAACCAGUUUUACAUGACAGUGCAUGUAUUUAUUCAAUAAAACUUUUAUAUUAGUUCA